GCCUUGCGUUGCUCUGAGCUUUCACGAAGAUUCUGCCUCGAUGCCUGCCCCCAAUCCUGUACAAUGUUGUCUGUGAGGUCGACUCUAGAGAGCGCCGCCCAGCACCGAUUCCGCUGUUACCGCCGGUUUACCCAAUUGGCUGCACGCCAACUGCAUGAGCGACUCGGAGCCAUAUUGGAGUGCUCAUGGCUAAUGAUUUCUAUUUACGCUACUAUGUGGGACACAAGGGGAAAUUUGGACACGAAUUCCUUGAGUUCGAAUUCCGGCCCGACGGGAAACUGCGGUACGCUAACAACAGCAACUACAAGAACGAUGUGAUGAUUCGAAAGGAGGCUUACGUGCACAAGAGUGUGAUGGAGGAGCUGAAGAGGAUAAUCGAUGACAGUGAAAUCACAAAGGAAGAUGAUGCUUUGUGGCCUCCUCCUGAUAGAGUGGGCCGACAGGAGCUCGAGAUAGUAAUUGGUGACGAGCACAUCUCUUUUACCACAUCAAAAAUCGGUUCCCUCAUUGAUGUAAAUCAGUCCAAAGAUCCAGAAGGCUUGAGAGUGUUCUAUUACCUGGUCCAGGAUCUUAAGUGUCUUGUCUUCAGUCUUAUUGGACUCCACUUCAAGAUUAAGCCAAUUUAAAUCAAACAAACAAGUUUGCAUUGCAGUGUUUGAAGUAGUAAUGUGAAGAUCCUUUUCCAGUUCUUUACAGUUUCUGAAAUUUUUUUGUAUUUUAAUUUUUUGGGGUUUUUUGAUUGUUGUUGUUACAAACUGUUAAUGAACUAAUAAAACAGUUGAAAUUUGUGUUUUUAAA